AUGGGUUCAGUUUGUUGUGUGGCUGUGAAAGACAGGAAGGUUCCUCCUAGUAGUGGCCCUGCAGGUGCAGCUAUUCAUCGGAACUCAGCAUGCUCGCCGCAAUGGAGUUUCCGGCGCGACAACAGGAGACGGGUCGCCGAUGAGAUUGAGGGUUCGCCUUAUUACAGUCCAUAUGUUGGGAGCAGAGGGAUUAGCAUGGAUAAGAUGUCAUUAGGCUCUGAAAGAGGAACACUUUCUGAAGGAGGAACACCUCCUGAUGGACAUUUAGGCACUCCUGUUUCUCAGAAAUCAGUGACCCCUGAGAUGGGCGCGAAUUCGAUUCUCCCACUUUCUUCAGAUUCAUCCUUGUCAAGCCAUGAUCCCGUUGAGGUGAAGAAUUUGGUUGACUCACCUAGUAUUGUUCCAUCACCUCUUCCGAAGCCUUUGUUCUCAACGCCUCCUCUUUCAACUCCUGUCUGUGAUCUUCCAUCGGCUCACUCACGGUUGCUUCCUCCCAAAUCCACCCCAUCAAGACGGGCUCGGCGUUCACCGGGGCAUCAGUUGUUUAGGCAGGUUUCUGAUAGUCAGAUUUUAGGAUUGAAAUCCCCAAAUAACAAUUACUCACUCUCUGAAGGAAGGUCGUCCUUUGUGCUUUCGACCUGUAGCAAUGACUUCGCCACUGGUUCUCAUUACGCUUCUUCUGAAGGUGGCUGGUCCUUGAACACUUUCUCCGAGCUCGUUGCGUAUUCUCAAAGGGAGAGAUGGUCCUUUGAUAGCGAACACUUAGGCUCUGGCAGACGGAAACUUAGUGGCGGCAGCAGCAGAUUCUCCUUCUCCCCUUCCGUUGUAGAUCAGCAGACUUGUGGAGCUUGCUCAAAGUUACUUACCGAGAGGUCUUCUAUCGCCACUUUCGAGCUCCCAAUCGCUGCUGUUCUUGCGUGUGGCCAUGUUUACCACGCAGAGUGCUUAGAGACCAUGACUACGGAGAUAGAGAAGUAUGAUCCUGCUUGUCCCAUAUGCAUGAUUGGGGAGAAACGGGUGGCGAAAAUAACGAGGAAAGCCUUAAAGGCGGAUGCAGAAGCGAAGGCAAAGCACUACAAAAGAUGUAAAAACCGUGUGGUGGAUAGUUACGGCGAGAGUGAAUGCGAUGAGUUUAUGUUCCAGAAGACAGGGAAACGAGAAGGAAAAGCUCUGAAGAUGGAACCUAGUUGUAGUAGCAAAGGCUCGUCUAAGUCGUUCUUGAAAUGGCACUUCGCUUCUAUCAGCUCCAAGUGGAGUAAACCCUCCUCCAAAGACUCUGCGUUGAAGAAAGGGUUUUGGUCUAGACAUCGUAAUAACCGUUCUUCAUCAAGCAUAGAGGGAAUUAACCAGACAUCUCAGCUUUGA